AUGGAGGAUCAAUCAAGACUUCCUUACAAAAAGAAGCAAAAUGCGUCUUUUAAUUAUCACAAGCUGGAAUCCGAUUCCCCGCGAUCAUUCGCAGGUGAUUAUGAUUUCGGAAAGAGUGCUGAUCGGCGAUUUGCAUACUCCCGACAAGCUUCAUUCCGUCAGUCGAUUCCCACUGCUGAGCCUCAUACUCCAAUAUCGAUAAAUCUGUCAAAUGGUUAUUUUUUGCACAACUCUGCUGAGGAUAAAUUGUUGUCGAAGGAUUUGGAUGAAAAGUUCUCCUUCAUUUCGUUAAUUUUUGGAGGGUUGAGGUCGGGAAACAAGCAAAUGAGACGACUUUUUGUCUUGAUUUCACUCAAUGUGGCGUAUUCUACGGUUGAGUUGUGCAUUGGCCUCUUCACUGGCCGAGUGGGUCUGGUGUCUGAUGCGUUUCAUUUGACAUUUGGCUGUGGGCUCUUGACUUUUUCGUUAUUUGCAAUGGCUGCUUCUCGACAAAAGCCUGAUUCUAUAUACACAUAUGGGUACAAAAGGCUGGAGGUUUUGUCUGCAUUUACCAAUGCUUUGUUUCUUUUGUUCAUGUCAUUCUCCAUAGCUGUGGAAGCUCUUCAUGCAUUCAUACAAGAUGAGUCUGAUCACAAGCAUUACCUGAUCAUCUCAGCUAUCACGAAUUUAAUGGUAAAUCUCAUUGGUGUUUGGUUCUUCAGAAGCUAUGCUCGAAUUAAUUUGGUUUACAGGAAAGCUGAAGAUAUGAACUACCAUUCAGUUUGCCUACAUGUUCUUGCUGAUUCCAUUCGCAGUGCAGGUUUGAUCCUAGCAUCCUGGUUGCUGAGCCUCGGGGUUAACAAUGCCGAAGUCUUGUGUUUGGGUCUAGUUUCAGUCACAGUUUUUAUGCUUGUCAUGCCGCUCUUUAAAACCACUGGUGGCGUCUUGCUCCAGAUGGCACCACCCAGCAUUUCUUCUUCAGCCUUGAGCAAAUGUUGGAGACAGGUUAAUUCCCGUGAAGACAUUUCAGAAGUUUCUCAAGCUCGUUUCUGGGAGUUGGUGCCAGGUCACAUCAUUGGAUCAAUUUCAUUACAGGUGAAGAAGGGAAUGGAUGAUCACCCGAUACUCCAAUACGUCCACGGUUUGUACCACGAUCUUGGAGUGAAGGAUCUGACUGUUGAAACUGAUCGUGCCUAG